GGAGACACGUUUAGCCAAUGUUCUAAAACCUCCUUUUUUAGUCAAAAUUUUUUUAAAUUUUUUUUUGCAAACCUACCUACAUCUUUGAUGCACCCCCUCCUCAAUUCUGCGCCCCUACAGUCUUCUGCACCGAGCCAUCGGUGGUGAGCUUUGCCCAGGAAAGGCGAAGAAUGAUCACGUUGAUCUAGCAAAUUCAAAACCUCCUCUCCUUUUCGCACCAAGCGCUCUUCCUUUAAGGAGCUUGCGUGCCCAAAGGCUCUUCUGUCAUCUUGCUUCCCGACCCUGCAGGUGGAUAAGCCAGGAUCUCGGGGCAUGAGUAGACAUGGCUGAACAUUCAAACUCCCAGGAGUUGGAAAACAACAGCUGGGUGAUCACAGGAUCGGAGGCUCCCCCCAUAGAAGAUCUUGGCUUCGAAGCUUCAGAAGAAACCCAGCUGGAAGCUUCGUCCCCUGAGAAUGACCUCUUUGUGGACACACCGGAUCUGGAAGAAGACAAAUCAAAGAGUCCCGAGACAGACAACAGCCUAAUUUCCAGAGAUGAUUCCAGCCAAGUCCUGUCUCCAGAAGCUACUCUCUUGCCCUUGCUGGAUGAAAAGGAGACGGAGAGCCAGAAUCCAGAGGAAGAACAUUUGCCCAUCGUAGAAGAAAUGGUUGCCAUCCCCCAAACAGGUCCCCUGCAGGAAGGACCACACACUUCCAGCAUCGGGGAAGAGCCGGCACCCCUAGAAGCCGACGUGGAAGGUCUUCGCAGACGGAAAGGCCACCUCGACGUCCGCCCCGUUGGGCCGGAGCAGUCCCACGAUCAAGCUAAGGAAGAUGAAGAGAGCGAUGGGCUUUCCAAGACGAAAUGGCUGCUCGCGAUUCUAGCCGUUGUGGGUUUUGGUGUCCUGGCCACCUUGGGGGUCAUCCUUGACACCGAGGAUGGAGCUUUGGACAUGCUGAACGUGGGGCUGAACGGGGAAGAGCCGUAUCCUGCCAGUGGUGGAAGGGACUGGUCCCCCUCCCCGGACUCUGCCCACGAUGCUAAGCUUCGGGCAGGAAAAGAACAGCUUUCUUUGGCGGAGGUUGCUGGCGAUCCUAAGAGCCUGGAUGCGAUGGGGGUCUUGCUAGAUAAAUUAGCCAAGGAGAACCAGGACAUCCGGCUUAUGCAGGCUGAACUUCAGGCCCAGAAGGAAGAGCUGCAGGCUUUGCUGCAGAAGUCCGAAGGCGAGAGCUUGGCCGCCAGCUCCCUGCAGCAAAACCUGGCGGCGGAAAACUCCAGAUUGGUGGAGGCCUUGCACCGGGAGACGGCCGCCCUCUCGGCGGCCCGGGGAGAGAUCCAGCUGCUCCAGGAGAAGCUGCACAGCCCGGACCAGGCAGGCGACGUCAAGUCCCGCCAGCACCCCGAAGAGGAACCCGGCUCGCGUCGCCCUUCUGGCAAACCCGAGCCCCAGGAGAAAGAAGUCCAUCGGCUGCGUUCCUUGCUGGCUUCGCUUCGGCACGGCUUGGCGAGGGCUAUCCAGAAGGCGCCCCUGGAGGAGCUUAAAAGCCUGGAGCAGAGGCUGGCCAGGGAGCUGGACCUCGGCGUGGCCGAGAAAGGGGCCCCGUGGAAAGAGAGCCCCAAACCUAGGCAGGGCAAAGCGAAACCGUGGCAGAGGAAACACCACGGCGAAGAGAGAGUUCGGCACCAGGACCGGGACCCCAAAGCCGCCGACGAGAGGGGACCGGCCCACCCCAAGAGGCACCCCACCCCACCCCAAACCAAGCCCCCAAAAGGAGGAGACCCCCAGCGGGGGCAUCGGAAAGGCAGGAAGCCGCUGGAGCCCCGGGAGUUGUGGGGGACGCUGGCCGAGCACCCUUUUUCCGUCCCCCACGGCUGCUCCGGGGUCGCCGAGUGCGCCCAGCAAGAAGGCUUGGCCCCCGUCCAGAAGGCCCCCUUCCUGAAGCUGGUGCAGAACUACCUCGCUGGAUUGGGCUGGGGGGAAUAUUCCAGCCAGCUGCUCCCCGUCCUCGAGGGCUUCUUCGGCAGCGACGGGGUCUUCGCCCACGACCGCAUCACCUUUGUGGACUUUUUGGACGAAGUCGAGGACGCCCUGGAGGAGCUGGCUCAGCAUUUGGGGGUGAGCGACGAGGAGGUGGACGAUUUUGAAGAAGUGGUCCUGAAGCAGCUCGGGGCGGCCCCUGGACGCAGAUUAACUCGGGGAGACGGCGCCAAAGAGCGGAACCGCGAAGGACCCCUUCACAAGAACCGGGCCCACGGUUAGACCUCCCUCGACCGGAGUGACGAGGGCUGUAUGGACCUUUGCCGAAAUACAAAGGGAAGAACAUUCUUAA